UCAUAAUGGAUAUCAAGGCAUAAAUUAACAGAAACACAAUGAAGACUGCCUUAUUUUUAGCAAUUACUUCCCUUGUUUUAGGCUCAACAAUAGCCAGUGAUGAAUUUGACCCUGUACUUGACAUCUCAGGUCAAGAGCUCCGAACGGGCAUUGACUACUACAUUUUGCCGGUAAUCCGCGGUAGAGGUGGUGGCCUCACUCUUGCCAGCACUGGCAACGAGACCUGCCCACUUGAUGUUGUUCAAGAGCAGCAGGAGGUGUCAAACGGUCUCCCAUUAACAUUUUCACCUGUGAAUGUCACGCAAGGCGUUGUACGUGUAUCCACUGAUCUAAACAUCAAGUUCUCUGCUGCUUCAAUUUGUGUCCAAACCACUCUCUGGACACUGCGCUUCGAUGAAUCAGUACAAAAGUAUGUAGUAACAACCGGUGGAGUUGAAGGUAACCCAGGGCGUGAAACACUGAGCAACUGGUUUAAAAUCCAAAAAUUUGAAGACGACUACAGGCUUGUUUACUGCCCGACGGUGUGCAAUUUCUGCAGACCUGUGUGUGGGGCAUUGGGUGUUUUUAUGGAUGGUGGAACUAGGCGCCUGGCUAUUAGUGAUGAGCCAUUAAAGGUCAUGUUUAAGAGGGCUUGAAGCUGUUGCGCCCAUCGACCUUAUUUUCCUUGAUUUACCCGACACACAUUCUCACUUUUAUAUACUAUGUAAUACAUAUCGCAAUAAUGUAAAUCUUGGGAAACAUUAUAGGAAAUAUAUAUAUAUUUAACA